AUGGAACGCCACAUUCGUCGUUUUCUCAAUAAGCUUUCAUUUGCUUCACUGCCAUUGCCACUCUCAUCCUCAUCUUCCUCUUCCUCCAAACCCUACAAACCUUCAUCCAACGACUGGAAGAAGAAGCUCUCCUCCUUCAUUAAUUUCUUCCAAUCCAUUCGAGAUCUAGGCCUUCUCCAUAACCACACCAAAGUUAUUUGCAUUUCCGCCGGCGUUGGCCAUGAGGUCAUGGCGUUGUCUCAUAUGGGAGUUCACGAUGUCACCGGUGUCGAGUUGAUUGAUUCGCCUCCUUUGGUGAGUCGUGUUGAUCCUCAUAGUUUGCCUUUCUUUGAUCAUGUUUUUUAUUUGGCGUUUACUGCUCAUUUGGCUGAGGCGUUGUUUCCGUCUCGAUUUGUUUAUGAGAUGGAGAGAGCUGUUCGUCCUAAUGUUGUUUGUGUGAUUGUUGUUGAGGAAUGUGGGGAUUAUGAAGUUAAGGAGAUUGUAGGGUUGUUUAUGAAAUCACGAUUUGUAAAUUCAAUCAAUGUUACGUUAACAAGAUUGAAAAUGACUCAGAUUUUAAUGAAAAGAACUUCUUGA